AUGGGCGCAAAAGACACAAUGAGCGACCGACCAGAGCCUCUCCGUCUGGGCAGCAAGGCCCCCAACUUCAAGGCCGAGACGACCCAGGGCCCCAUCGACUUCCACGAGUUCAUCGGCGACAACUGGGUCAUCCUGUUCUCGCAUCCCGAGGACUACACCCCCGUAUGCACAACUGAGCUCGGCGCUUUCGCAAAGCUCGAGCCUGAGUUCAGCCGUCGCGGUGCUAAGCUCAUCGGUCUCUCUGCCAACACCGUCGACUCGCACGAUGGCUGGAUCAAGGACAUUGACGAGAUCUCCGGCAGCAAGCUCAAGUUCCCCAUCAUUGGCGACAAGGACCGCCAGAUCGCGUUGGCAUACGACAUGAUCGACCACCAGGACGCGACCAACGUCGACAGCAAGGGCAUUGCCUUCACCAUCCGCUCCGUCUUCAUCAUCGACCCCAAGAAGACCAUCCGCCUCAUCCUCUCAUACCCCGCCAGCACCGGCCGCAACACAGCUGAGGUUCUCCGCGUUCUCGACAGCCUGCAGACCGGCGACAAGCACAAGAUUACCACCCCAAUUAACUGGAUCCCUGGUGACGACGUUAUUGUCCACCCAGCCGUCAAGACCGAGGAUGCUAAGACUAUGUUUCCCGAUAUCAGAAUUGUGAAGCCUUACUUGCGCUUCACUCCUCUCCCUAAGGAGAAGACCACCGCUGCUUAG